GUUUAAAAAGAGUUGUGGCAUGGAUGUUCCCCCGAAUUCGGAGAACGCACUCUCCACAAUCCCCAUUCUUCUCUCUCUUCGAUCCAGAAGACCCAAAAGCGACACACACACACAGAGAAACACAGCACAAUCUGGGUUGAAGCGCGAAAACCAGCUUUUAGUGGCGUUAGAAUCCAAACACGAUGAUACGGUAUUUGCAACGGAUGCGAAUCGCAUUCGGGACUUCUUUUCUUUGGCUCGUCUGCUUGAUUUACUUCACCCAGGGUUUCAGGUCUUUUGUGUGGACAGCAGUUUCGUACCAGCUGAAAGAUAGGCUUAAGUUGUCACCCUCAGCCUCUCAAUUUGUGUCUUCAAUAGCAUUUUUCCCAUGGAGCAUAAAACCGUUAUAUGGUAUCUUGUCUGAUUGUAUCCCAAUUAGAGGCAGAAAAAGGGUUCCAUAUCUGAUGAUUGCAACAGUGCUCUCUCUUGUUCCGUGGCUCAUUUUGGGCCAAGUUUCAGCCCUAAGGAGUUCCAAGAUGCCCUUCAUGAUCUUCUUAACUCUGCAAAACCUAGGUUCUGCAAUGGCCGAUGUUGUGGUUGAUGCAAUGAUAGCUGAGGCAGUAAGGGUUGAGCGGGCCUCAUUUGCUGGUGAUCUCCAGUCAAUAUCAUGGAUGGCGAUGGCUUUGGGCGGCAUCUGUGGGAGUUUGUUGGGAGGAUAUGCAUUAACGAAUAUACAGAUAGAGAAUAUUUUUCUUCUAUUCUCUGUUCUUCCGGCCAUACAGUUGUUUUCAUGUGGUUUGGUCAAAGAGAAUAAGUUUGCAGGCAGUAAAGUUUUGCCUGAGGUUCAUGCUUCAGAUAGUUCCCAUGUGGCAAAUGGAAACAUUAAUGGAUUGGAUGUAGACAAUUUCUCAGUUGAGAAUUCCAAAACCCGUACUUCGAAGAGAAAGAAGAAUCGGAAGAACAGUAAAAAGAGGUCGGUCAUCACAAGCAAACUCCAAAAAACAGAAAGUGAUGGCUUGUUUAUAUCAAAAUGGUUCAAAUCUCUGAAGACGGCCAGUUAUAGUUUGUUACAGGCUUUCAGACAGCCAGUCAUUCUGAGACCAAUGAGUUGGUUUUUCAUAGCACAUGUGACUGUCCCGAACCUCUCAACAGUCAUGUUCUAUUACCAGACAGAGUUCUUAAACUUGGAAGCAUCCUUUUUGGGAACAACACGUGUUAUUGGGUGGCUGGGCCUCAUGCUUGGAACUUUCAUUUAUAAUCGAUACCUAAAGAAUGUGAAACUACGAAGAAUCCUCAUGUGGACUCAUGUUGGCUUGGCUUUCUUGAGUAUUCUAGAUAUGGUUUUAGUGUCUCGAAAAAAUGCUGCAUUUGGCAUAUCAGACAAGGUUAUGGUGCUAUAUGGGUCUGCUCUUGCUGAUGCAAUUAAUCAAUUCAAGUUUAUGCCGUUUCUGAUCUUAUCGGGACAGCUUUGCCCUCCUGGAAUUGAAGGAACUCUGUUUGCCCUCUUCAUGUCAAUAAACAAUUUUGGGUCGACAGUGGGAUCAUUUGUAGGGGCUGGUUUGGCCUCGGCUCUAAACAUCUCUUCGGGUUCUUUUGACAACCUUCUUCUGGGCAUUGGUAUUCAAGUCAUUUGUACUUUCAUUCCAAUUGCUUUCCUAUUUUUGAUUCCAAAGCAAGCUACAGGGACAUCAGCAUAGUGUAGUGACCAGCCAUUGAACUUGAAAUGAGAUAGAGUAUGAGUACCAAACAGGGGUCUUUUCACCUUUUGGUCUUUUUUUUUUUUUUGUUGUCCCAUUACUUGGUGGUGGGUUAGUUUUCACAUAACAGCAUAGAUGUAGGAUACAUAGUGAAAUAUUUCAAAGUUACAUCCUUUCUUUUCUUUUUCUUUUUAUUUUUAUUUUUAUUUUUAAUACAGUUUUACAUUUGGAGCUUGACUCUGACAAUUUUGGUGCAUGUAACUUGUGUAUAACAGCUUGGAGUUAAAUUCUUAUUUCAAUAUACAGAAGCGAUUUACAUCA